UCCACGCCACUCUUCUCUCUCUCACUAUCCCGAACCGCCUCCUCUUCCUCUUCCUCCCAGUCCGCCAUUACUGCCCAUCUCCCAUGGCUCGCAAGCGCCGCCGCCGCCGGGAAACCAUCGCCGGAUCCGAGCACUCGCUAGACUCGGAGCCCCAAAUCACCAACCAACCGCCGCCGCCGCCGGCCGAGGACGAGGGUUCCCAGUCCGAGCAAGCCCGCGGGCAAAAGAGCUUUUUGGAAAUGUGCGAGAUGUAUCCUCUGCUCGCGCAAAAUAUGGAGCUUCUUGCGGAGGAGCAGCAAAACCCUUCCUUCAGAAACGCCUUCGUCCGAAUAGAUGCCGAGAUAGCGCGUUCGCUUGAGGAUCAGCUUGAGUCAGUCAGACAACAAGAGCUCAAGAUCCGGAUGGAAGUUGAGGGAGCGCUUUCCGAUGUUGUGGAAAGAUGUAAAGUUCGCCAUGGUUACUUGAGCUUUCACAACCUGCACAGACCACAAGUGAUGGCGAAGAAAAGGGGUCAUGGAACCAUGAAGGAUGCGCUCAUCAAUGUUGGAAGACAUGAUUAGUGGGCAAGGUAACGAGGACAUGGGUGAUGCCGUGAUGAAGUGGUCUGCAGCAAAUUGUGUUUUUGACUUCUUGCUGGCCAAUGGUUAGUUUGUAGUCCAGGCAACAUUGUCCGUAAUGACCUGAUGUCAUGUUGCAUUUGGAAUGGUCAAAUGUGUGCCAACUUCUCUGUACCGUUGCCUGCCUGGCCCUCUGGUCUUGACAUCAUGCUGCGUGGUCACUGGUUUGGACGAAUAAGUUAUUUUGUUAUGCUUUGCAUGUUAAAAAUGAGAUGACGGCGUCAAGAUUAGGAUUA